GUCGAAGGCUUUAUUAUUUAGAAAAUCAAAGGAGGUUAUUCAUUCUGUCCUCUCAAAGCUAUAGUUUCCCUUUGUUAGAAAAAGCUUUCUUCAUUCUUUUGUCUCUCAUUGAAGGGUAGAAAAUAAUAGUUGGUUUUGUUUUCUUCAUUCCAUUUUUAUUGUCCAUUUUUUUUUGUGGGAUAUCAAAUAGUCAAAUUGUUUACUACACAGUCUCUCGAGUUUUCCAGUCUCCCCUUUGUCUUCACCUUUCUUAAAGUUAAUAUCAAAAUCCAAUUCUUCUACCUCUCUUCACAAAAUCCGACUAGAUGAACAACUCACUUUUGAUUUUCUGUGCCCUUCAAUAUUGAGACUGUAAUUUUACAAGUUUUAAUAAUAUUUUUUGCAUUCUAUAUGUUUGUCAUGACAUUAUACAUUUCACACAUAUAUCUAAGUUUUUUAAUUUCUGUUUUAAGAGUUCUAUGUUGUUACAUAUAUUUUUAGUCCCAUUUCUUCGGUUUGUACGAUUUUAUGAUUCUAGGUCCAAUCCUAAUAUCCCGAUCAUUUAUCGAUCAGAUAUAGGAUCUCAAUUUUAAAAAGCUUGGGCCCAAUUGAUAACACAUGGUCAACUUUUUGCUACUUGACGAUUAUAAAACUUGGUAAAUGAGAGCUGUUUCAACUUUUCAGGUCAGGCCUGUGGCCGAAGAUGAAAUGUUUAGAGUAAUCAGAUCUGGUAAACGGAAAACGAAGCAGUGGAAGAGGAUGGUCACCAAAGUCACAUUUGUUGGACCAAGCUUCACAAGAAAACCUCCUAAGUAUGAGCGUUUCAUCCGUCCCACAGGGUUGCGCUUCACCAAAGCUCAUGUAACGCACCCUGAACUCAAAUGCACUUUUAAUCUUGAGAUCAUAGGCGUAAAGAAAAAUCCAAAUGGUCAAAUGUAUACCUCUCUUGGUGUUGUGACCCAAGGAACUAUUAUCGAGGUGAAUGUCAGUGAACUUGGUCUGGUCACACCUGCUGGAAAAGUUGUAUGGGGAAAGUAUGCUCAGGUGACAAAUAAUCCUGAGAAUGAUGGUUGUAUUAAUGCUGUUCUACUUGUCUAG